CCCCAUUCCAAAUCCAUACCCUACCAUAAUCAAUGGAUAGGGCAAAAUCAAAGAAUGUACUUGAGUUUGAAUAAAAUUAUUCAUGAUUGGGCAAUUAUCAUCCUAGUAAUAUAGUGGGAUAGCUAGCGCAAAAUUAGGCGAUUUCUUCACGGGAGUACUAAACCCUAACUGCCCAUGCAUGAUAAGAGAAGUACAUAAGUACGUGCUAUAUAUAUAAUAUAAUAUAUACAUCUCAUCACCUUCUACCUAACUCCAAGUAGCGCGAUGGCGGCGGCAACAACGAUGAUGUCUUUACCCUCCGACACGGUGAUCGAAAUCCUGACCCGGCUCCCCUCCGCCACCGCCGUCGCCAGAUGCCGCUGCGUCUCCGCAUCGUGGCGCACCCUCCUCUCCGACCCGGACUUCCUCCUCAAAAUCUUCCUCUUCGAUGGUACUCGAUGCGGCGGCGGCGAUCGUAAUAAGACCAUCAUGAUCAUCCGCCUCCUCAAUGCAAAAACCGUCCCGGUCUACUCUCUCCGCUCCGCCGACGCCCCGAUGGCCUCGCUCUACGUCGCCCCGAUCCCCCUCUACCCCACGGCUAUGGGUUCACCGUGGGCGACGGGUUCUCCGUGGCCGGGUACAGCGAGGGAAUCUUCUGCAUCACCGUCGACCAGCGACUUCAAGGUGGUCCGCGUCCGCACCGACGCGGACCACAGGUACACCGACGUGUACAGCCUGAGGGAAGGUUCGUGGGGACAGGAAUCCAAACACGAGGGAAUGGGCCUGAACUACUUGGGCUUGGGCCCGAACGAGGUGGAGCAGCCCAUCGUCGAGAGUAAAGGCGGGAGGUGCUACCAGUGGCACUGGGAGAAAAGAAACGUGCGCGCGAGAAUCUUGUGUUACGAUCUGACUAGAGAAGCGCUCUCCGUUGGGUACGUGACGGGCCCGAAACCGGGUUGUCGUCGGGUCAGGUCCAUGUCGAUCUCGAAAGGAUUCCUCGUUGCGAUUACCGAUGACGACGACGGCGGCGGUUCGGGGUUCGAGGUGUGGGUGGCCAUGGGGUUCGGGGAGUCGUCGUCGCCGUCGUCGUUGCUAAAAGUGUUUGAUGUGGUGCCGCAAUUGGGACCGGAGUUUAGGAACUGGGUUCCGUCCUGGGUGGCUUGGGCGGACAACAAAUGUUUCUACCUGUUCAGAGACGUGCGUUAUAAUUAUCGUUAUGAUCGAGCUGAUGAUCAUGCUACGCUGUUGGGUGCCUUUGAUCUGAAGACGGGACGUGCUCGUGAUUUCGGGGUUCGAUCUGGCUGGAGCGAGGUUCGGAGUGUGACAACGUACGUCGGAUCCGAGAUUUCAUUGUCGAGUUUCGAUUGAAUGUGAUUUGUUUAUGCUUAAUUUUAUCAUAAUUAAGCUGCAUACUACAUACUCUGGUUAUUUGUUUGUUUUGGUUAAUUGACUUAUUAAUUGUUGUUUUGGUAUGUUGUUAUUAGUUGUUGCUCUUGUCCUACAAGUCAAGACGGAGAGAACGCUUUGUAUAUGUUUAUUUAGGGGUAAAUGCCACACUUGGUCACUGAGAUUAUUGAAUCGUGUCAUGUUUAGUCACUAAAAAAAUUUAAUAUCAAUUUUGGUCACUCGAAUUACAGGAACAGUCACAUUUAGUCACUGUGCCGUUAGUUUCUGUCCAACUCCAUUAAUGGAGUUGGAGGAAACUAACGGGAGAGUGACUAAAUGUGACAAGUUUCA